GUUUUACACCAUCGUCGGCAUUGCAUUGAAGCGGGCUUUAAUAAAAAGCCUUACGAAUACGAGUAAAUAUCCUUUAAUUUAAUGAACUGAAGUGCUGCAGCUACGUUUCAAUGCAGAAAGAAUUGUGUAAUAUGGCUACAAAACGCAAAGGUGAACCAAUCCGUGACCAGGAUCCAGACUACGAGACUGUUUCUGUCAUGACAGCCAGCAAAAGACAGCGCCUGUUCGAGAAAGAUGCCAAGGACCUCACUGUCAAGAAAAUCGAAGGCAUCAUCAAGCGUCAGUUUGCCAUUGAGAUGCGGCACAAAGAGAAGGAAGUUGAACAUAUUGAUGAGAGAAUUCACCAAGUAAGAGCCAUGUUGGACAAGCUGCGAGCAUGCGUCGUGGCAAACUACUACGGAAACAUUGGACUUGGCCAGACAAACGCCAAAGGGGAGAAAACCCGAUCCAUCAAAACCAAUUUGAACCAUCCGGCCAUCCAACAAGCUCUCGCAAGCAAUCUGAAAACUCAGUCACCGUCCGAGACACCAGAUCCAGCCUCGGCGGAAAAUGUCGCCCAAAACGGCACCCCGAUCCCCCCGGCAAUGGCAGAGACUCCUGGUACCCCGAGCAGUGGACCGUGGUCCAGUCAGCAGAGCGAGCGGUCAUCACCAGAAUCGGAGCAGCUGAGCAGGGUGGAGUUAGCCGAAGUGGAGGAGGAGCCUGACCUUGGAGUGGGCGGGGCCAAAGGACCACGCCACACUGGACCAGAUACAUUUGGUGUUGGCCCCGCUCUCCUGACCCCCAAGCCUCUAAUUCCUCAAGUGGAACCGGGCGAUGGGUCCAGAUUCCACGUCAAGAAGAGAAUCAUUGUGGGAAACGUCUCAAAAUACAUCCCGCCCGAGAAUCGUGAGGACAGCGACCCAUCUACCCACAAAUGGAUGGUCUACGUCAGGGGGCCGCCAGAAGAGCCCAGAAUUGACCAUUUCGUCAAACGCAUCUGGUUCUUCCUGCACCCAAGCUACAGACCCAAUGACCUGGUCGAGGUCAAGGAGCCUCCUUUUCAUCUGACUCGCCGAGGCUGGGGGGAAUUCCCCAUCCGCAUCCAGCUUCAUUUCCUAGACCCCAGGAACAAGAAAGUGGACAUCAUUCACCCUCUCAAGCUGGAUAGAACAUACACAGGACUACAGACACUUGGAGCUGAGACGAUUGUUGAUGUUGAGCUGGAUCGUUACCUGUUUGAUGAGCUUGGUCAGCCCUUGUCUCGACCUAUGACCCCGACCAUCACAAAGGUCAACUAUCAAGAGGGCAUCAAGCCGGGGAGUCCAGGAACGUCCUGGGAUGAGGCAAGGUGGAGGAGUGCUUCUCCAAGAAUCAAAGAAUCUGUCGGUAGAAUUUCAACGAUUGACAGGCUCCCGGAAGAACCUGGAAUGGGUCCCGUGCCAGCCAUUAAGAGAUCCGAGUCUGCUGAGGCAAGCCCCACCAGAGUCGCUGCACUUAAGGAUGACAGUAGUCAGAAAGUGGAACUGCAAACGGAUCAGACAUCCUCGGAAGUGAGAGUGACUGCUGAGCAGGGUCAGUCAUUCAGUGGUAUUAUUGGCCCGUCAGGUAUCCAGCCUUCGUCGCAAGGGCCUCCCGUUGGCACUGCUUCUGCUGGCCAGAUUGCCAUGCAGCAACGGCAGGGUGGCCAAUUUGUACGUGUCAUGCCACCCCUUGGUCCCAUAACCAAGAGUGCAGUGAUAGCUCCAUCCUCACUGGCUGGUUUAUCCCAGCAGGUGCCAGGGCCCUCCUCAUCCCCAACCAAAGUCAUCACUCCAACAGAUGACAGAAGUGGUUCAAUCGUUGGCUCCCCUUCUCAAAGCCAGACUUCGUCAGCCAAUGUCUCUCCAACCCAGCCUGGUGUCAUCAAUGUUGCUGAUGCUGCUUUUACGGGAAAGGGUACCCUGGAUGUCCGCAUACAAGAAGGGAAGGUUGUUCAGGAGGUCACCUCUCCAACACAAGACAUAACCCAGUCCAAGACAGAGGCAACAACUAGCGUGGCAGCGAUGGCCCAAACAAUAGUACCUCUAGUGCAGGAGGCCCAUAUCAAAGGCACUACCGUUCUUCAGACCACGGCACCCUCCAGAGUUCAGAGUGUACAAGGUGUCUUGGUCACAACUGCCCUCCAGAAACCUUCCCAGGUGGUUGAUGGCAGUGUCAUGGGAGCAAGUUCUCAGACUGGAGGGAUAGCAGUCCAGCCAACAAGCUCUCAGCUGAACAAGCCAGUCAUGAGCACCUCUUUGUCAACGACUGGUGCUAGCAUUCCAGCCGUCAAGAGAAUCCCCUCCUCUGGAAGUAUCACAGUUGUUGCGACCAAGCCAGGUGAAUCCCCAAAGCACUCGCCCCCAGCCACUGCCUCAGGUAUACCAACUCCACCUCCAGGAACCCAAUACUACAUCACAGCAAAGUCCACAGAUCCAAACCUGCAAGGGAAGGUCAUCCUCAUCCCGCAGCAGGUGUUCCAGCAGGCCUCUAGUCAACAGGCCAUGGCGGGUGGGAAACCUGGUGUAGGAAAAGCAUCUAGCCCUCCGGGGAAAGCAGGCCCUUCUAAAGUAGCCACUGCUUCCUCCAAGUCCCCAUUCUUAUCACCCAGCAAUGUAUUGAUUCUACCAGCAGGGUCCAUUGUGCCUCCUCUCCCCCCUGGUAGUAUUGUCCAGAUUCAACAAGUGCCAUCCCCAGUUCGGUCGACAACAGCUUCUAGCCAGCCAAAAUCUCAGACCACAUCAGCUGUGUCGAAAGCAGUCACCGCUCCCGGGAAGGGGACUGGUCCCAAAAUAUCAGGGAUUCCAUCAGGAGGAGUUAUACAGAUCCAAAGGACCACUGGCACAACAGUGGCCAAGGUUUCAGGGAUCCAGGGUCCUUCUCAGGCAACAGGAAUCUCCAUCCUUCCAGAACAGAAGGGUCAACUAGCAAAAACUGCAGCCGGUGGGGUUGUUUUUGUCCAGCGUACACCUUCAGGUGGGAAGAUCAGCUCAGGGCAGACCCUUACAAGACUACCUCUUGUCCAGGGAGGUUUAGCCCUACAGCAGAAGAUAACCCUUGCAGCUCAGCUCCCUCCUGGUGCAGUCCCAAUUCCACAGCAAGGACCACUGUCUCUGAAGCCUGGUAGUUCUGUCAACAUCAUUCAGAAUCCAGUGCCAAAAUCUCUCCAACAGGGACAAACCCUGGUCCUACACGCCCAGUCCUCUGUCCCAAAGGUCCCAGGAAAAUCUCUGCAGACAGUGACGGCAAUCCGACAACCAAUAGUCCCUGGGGGUCAGGCCUCCAAGUUCAUUAUUCAGGGUCAAGGAUCAAAGGUUGUUACCCCUGGUCAACUUCAGGUCCGACUGUCUGGUCCUGCAACAAGUGUGAUCCCAUCAAGGCCAAUUGCUGCAACUUCUGUAAGCACAGCAGGUGCUGAAUCAAAAGCUGUUGUGACAGGACAAGUUUCAGGUGAAGGCAAAGGACCAGAUGCUGUAGGCUUGGCAGCACACAGAUCAGCAUCUGCCACAUCUGAAGCAGGGAUACAAGAGACCAUCCCUAGUCGAGGAAGUGAAAGAGAAAACGUGUUAAGCAGCAGUUCUGGAGCUGAAGACCACAUUAAAAAUCAAACUGCAUCAACUGAGGCUAGCAGCCAAAAACCAGUGGUCAUCAAAGACCUAAUGAGAGAAGCUACAUCAAAGACUGUCACUACCACAGAGCCUACCUCAGGAGCAAGUGCAUCUGCAACUGCUGCUGAUACUCAGUUGGUUCACUCAAUGCAACAGGUAAAAACUAAGGCUCCUCAGACUGUUUUGGUACAGCAUCCAUCAAGAAUCGUCAUCAAGCAGGAGCCAGUCACCAGCCCUCAGGACUACCCGCCAUCUUCUACAAUUCAGCGCACCCCUGUGAAUCCCACUUCUGCCACCACCGUGAGUGACGUUCAGAUCAAAAUGGAGGUUGAAGAAAAAGAGGCGGAGUCUGAGGUGUCUGUCAUGAUGCGUGAGCUGACAAUGAGCUGCUUGGAGGGCCCAGUUUGUGUGUAUGGACUACAGACAAUGGAGGAGUUGAUUGCAGCUGUAGUAAAGAAAACGCCUUUGAUCAACAAGGACAGGGUUCAGAGUGAGCAUCCCUUUGCUGCGACAUCCCUGCAGCAUUAUCAUUCCUGGUCCAGGGCCAAACGGCGUGCAGCUGAGUGGCACCGUUCCGUCUCGGUCCGACGGAUCGCAACAGAGGCCCAGGUCAAAUCGGAAAAGUUACGCUUUGAAAGAAUUUGGACUGCAAAGGAGGUGAUGGUGUGGUGCCGACAGCGGGGCUAUACCCCACCAGAACCAGAUACCAGUGACAAUGGAGAAUCCUGGUGUAACGUCUGUGGUGACCUGAGCAAGAAGGGACGGAGGAUUCAACCGACAACUGCUGGGCACGACUGUAGCAAUGACUGGCUGUCAUCUGCAGGACUGUUGAAACCAAUAACCUACACGACUCCCGACGAGUUGACCAGGAAUCUGCAGACCCAACAGAUCGGCAUCGACCGGGUUUCCUCCGACAGCGACUCUGAGAUUGACAUCAUCGGGAUGUGGAACCUGGGAAAUCGCAUGCGAAUCAAGAGAGAGAUGCCAGAAGCCCAAGACGGGAUACGGUGUUACCUGCCAUACAGCAAUGGGGCUAAGAUGAUACAGGAAGUCUCACAAGAGAUUGGGGUCUGCUUCAAGCCAACUCAACUUGCUUCCGACACUUUUGCGCCUGUCGCAGAAGAGGUCAUGUUUUCUGCCGUUUCACAAUUCUUAAGCACCCUCCUCCGAAAAUCCUUGGCCAAAGCCUACAACAAACGCACAGAUAACAGCCUUCCAAAGGAGAUUCUUCCAACCCACGUUCUACAGGCCAUUGAAAGUACCGAGUCAUGUGACUUCCUUAGCAACAAACACCUGGGGGUCCUUGCCAUGCCAACGGAGGAAAACCAGGAAGCUUCAACCUAGAUAGGCUACGAACAAAUGCUUAAUAUUUUUUCUGCUCAUUAUGGUCUAGUAACCUCCAAAGGUUAUCUGAAAGGAUACCAUGAAUGGAUUUUCAUCAAAUUUUCGCUGUGGUUAUACACAAGAGUACAAACAAUAUACUCCAUCAACUUGGAUACUUUUUGAGAAAUUUAAAGAUGUCUACUUGCACGUCUUUUUUGGGGUCACCCUGUAGAACUUUGAGAAACUUUUUGACAAGAAAAAUGAGUGAAUUCGAAGGCCAAGAGUUUGAACCAAUCACACAAUCACUGUAAUGUUCUUUAGUAGAUGAAUAUAGAAUUAUUCACUUUUUUAAUUCUUCACAAUUGGCUCAAUUGACAAUUGUUUUUCAAUAUCAAUCUAGA